UUCGGCCCCGCCUCUCGCCCGGGGGUCGGGAAACAGCGGCAGGAAGCUGGAGGGGCCCAGGUGCAGCCCGUUGUCGCUCCGCCAUGGAGCCCGAGAAGAGAAGAACCAAAGAAGAUACUUGGAAAUCAGAUGAACUUAAGAAACAUCUUAGGGUAUCACAGUCAGAUAGUCAAUCUGAAGAUAAGAAACAGAAGGAAAAGAACCUGCAAAGAGAUAGAGAGACUCAUGACAUGGUUGAUUACAAAGGAUACAUACACAAGGAUCAAGACAAGGACAGAGGAAAGGCAAAAGAAAGGACAGGUGAACGAGAGAGAUUUAAAUCUAGUGAAAGAGACAGGGAUAAGCUAAGAGAAAGGGGAAAAGAUCAUCACAGAGAACGAGAGAGAGAGAAAUUGAAGGAGAAGGACCAAGAAAAAGAUGCAGAGAAGGAAAAACACAUUACAAGAAAAGAUAAAGAGAAGGCGAGUGAUAAAGAAAGAGACAGAAAAUAUAGGAGGGAUGAUCUGAAGCAAAUGCUUAUACAGAAUAACCUGAAAGCAUCUGGAGGAAGGGAUAAAGAACAACGCAGAAGAAGAGAAAGCAAGGAUCAAUUGGAGCAAGCAAACAUAAGGGAUGACGUGAAAGAGAGAAGACAUACAGAAAGAAAAGUAAAGGAAGGAAAAAAAAGUGAGAGCAAAAAUAGUCUUGGUGAGUUUUUAACAAAGAAAGAUGAAGAAGGUGGACAUAGACACAAGUCACACAGAGAUCAAGAGCUGAAUAAAGACAGAGGAAGGAGUCAUAGUGAUAAAAGAGAACAUGAACAUUCAGUUAGGGGAGGAAAGGAGAGACCUUCAAAAGAAAGAAGCCAUGAAUUGUUUGUAAAGGAUGGGGAACAAAAAUAUGUGUCAAGGAGACCUAAAGAAGGAUCCUCCAUUGAAGACAGAGAAAGACAACUGAGAGAGAAUAAUGAAAAAAGACAGAGGGAAGAAAAUGAAAGAAAGAAAAGAGAUCUUAAGAACAGUGAGCAUAAAAAACAAGGAAAGAGCUUAAGAGAAGAAGAAGAAACCAGCCAUCAGCAUGAAAGGAAUGCAACAGAUAAAGGAAAGAGCAUUGAAAGGGAAAAAAAAGAGGACACAAGCCAAAGGCCACACCAAGGUGAACAUGUGUCAGCAUGGAAACCUAUGCAGAGGCAAAAAAGUGAGGAAGAACUUGAAAUCAGUGAUAAUUAUUUGACAAAUUAUGAAGAUGAUUUUGAAGAUUAUGAAGAUGAUUUUGAUGACGAUGAUGAUGAAGACAAUGAUAGUGAGGCUAGAGACUCAGAAGAAAGACUAAGAGAGAUCCCUGUUUCCAAAAAAUCUGAAAUAGAAGAAAUUCAAAGAGCAAUUAAUGCAGAAAAUGAGAGGAUUGGUACCUUACUACCAAAGCAAUUUCAAAAAGAACAUGAAAAGGAACCAACCAUGGAAAGGCAAGAUUCUCCUGCCAGAGGCUCUCUCUGUGGAAUGUUCAUGGAUUUUAAAACAGCAAACCAGCGGCAAAGUAACCGAAAUAUGGCCAGUAAACAGAAGAAACGCAGUUCAGAACUGCUCCGACUAAUUGACCUGGACUUCUCAGUAAGUUUUUCUUUACUGGAUUUGCCUCCAGUGAAUGAAUAUGACAUGUACAUCAGGAACUUUGGAAAAACAAACACUAAACAGGCGUAUGUUCAGAGCAAUGAGGAUAAUCUUGAGAGAGACGUUCAGACGGAUGAAAUAGAGACUCUAGAAAAAUGGACACAACAUCCAGGAGACAGUGUACUUGUAUCUGGAGGUCCCAGAAGCAGCAAUGAUGUGUCUAUAGAUAUUGCUGUAACACCUAAGAUUGAUUCACAGAGAUUAACAAACUUCCUCCGGUCUGCUUGUCAGGUGAUUGCUGUUUUGCUUGAGGAAGAUCGAGUUGCAACACAACCCAGGUGGAAUCUAAGAUCUCGACAAACCAGUCUGUCUAUUAGUGAUAGCUGCUUCCAGUUAAAUACUAAUCUACCUUUUCUCCAUGGCCGAAAGGUGUCCUGUUUGCACGUCUCUCAGGUUCAGAGGCAGGCAUUGCUUUCUGUUCACGGGUUACCUGAAAAGCCAGGUGCUAUUCAAUUGGACAGGAAGUACGUCGUAUGUGUAUGGAAUGUCUGGCAGCCCUCCAGUCCUCAGAAAGUUUUAGUUUGUGAAGCAGAGGUGUCAUGCUGCUGCUUUAGUCCCAGUAAAGCAACUUUAGUAUUUGCUGGAACAAUGGAUGGUUCAUUGGUAAUGUGGGAUCUCCGAGAAGACUCAAGGAUGCAUCAAUGUAUGAAGUUAAAUGAAAUUGACUGGAUUUUUAGAGCUCCAACAUUUUCUACUGAUGGUGUUCUCUCCUCAUUAAACCACACAUAUCCUGUACUGGCAAUAGAACCUGUCUCAACAUCUGUCUAUAAGGAACAGAAUUAUGGGCUCUCACACCUAUCUUCUCAAGAAGAAAUGUCAGGCCUGUCAUUCCAGAUAGCUUCAAUGGAUGAAAACGGAACUCUCAAUCUGUGGGUAGCAGUUGAAUUACAAAAAGUGGAUUUGGCUGGUUCACAAAGUGAUUUAGGUUUAAUUCCAGGGGGGAAAGUAAAGUUAGUACAUAGCUCUACUGUUCAGUUGAAUAGCAGCCUUUUCCCAAAAGAUAUCCUAUGCCUGAGGACACCUCAAACACUGAAUAUUAAGUUUCUGCCUUCUAAUCCUAAUCAUUUCAUUGUCGGAACAGACAUUGGUGUGGUAAGUCAUGGUGCAAGACAUGAUUUAAGAGUACCUCCAAAGCUGUUCAAACCCCAGCAGGGUGGACCAAGAUCAAUAAGAGCUAAUGCAGUUGAUUUCUCCCCUUUUGGAAAGCCAAUAUUUUUGGUUGGCUGUUCAGAUGGAAGUAUUAGAUUGCACCAAAUGACUUCAGAGCAUCCCCUCAUACAGUGGAAUGACAGCACAAAUGGCCAGCCAGUUAUUGCCCUCCAGUGGGCUCUCACAAGACCUGCUGUGUUUUUUGUCCUGGAUGCAUCAGCUACUGUUUACAUUUGGGAUCUACUGGAAAACGACUUGUGUCCUGUAGCCAAACAAAUUAUCCAGUCAGAUAAGGUUAUGACUAUGGUUGUAUUGGGUGAACCGGAAAAAACAAAUGGUCUGUUGGGGAUCGCAUUGGCCAAACAAUCUGGAAUAAUAGACAUUCAGUAUGUAAAGAAGAGGUGGGCAUUACCUCAGCCAGAAGAGUCAGAAAAACUACAGUUGCUCUUGCAACAAUCCUUAUAA